AAAGAAUAAACACAAGGGCACCAGAGAUAGUGAAUGAUUUCGUCGAUGAGGACGACUUCCUGAGGGCGGCACUGGAAAACAAACUGCCAAUGAUCAAGAGUUACCUUGCCAGGGGUGCAGAUCCAAAUGCUUGUGACAAUUUUAACCGAACAGCUCUACACCGAGCUUGCUCAGAAGGCAACGUUGAGAUUGUGAAAGUGCUUUUGGAGGCAGGAGCCUCAAUAGAAAAUAAGGACAAGCUUCAAGCAACUGAAGUUCACUGUGCUUGUCGUGGUGGAAGCUUGCCUGUGCUUGAGGCACUACUUAACCAUGGCGCAAAGCUGGAUUCAAGAGACAAGCUUGGCAGCACACCCCUUCACGUGGCUGUGAGAACAGGAAACUACGCAUGCGCCGAACAUCUCGUUCACUGUGGAGCAGAUGUCAACGCAAAAGACGUUGAGGGCGAUACACCAAUGCAUGAUGCAGUGAAACUGAACCGCUUCAAAUUCAUACAGCUUCUUCUGUUGCACAGGGCAGACUUGAAACACAAAAAUUUUGAGGGAAAGUCACCUAUGGACUAUGUUUGUGAUUGGCAGAAUGGAGCUAAAAGCCUCUUUGACAAUAUUAAGGAUGAAAAAAAACUAGAAGCCUGUACAUAGAAAACAUUUGUCAAACACAUAUAUUGACAAAAUAUAUCUGGGGUUAUACUUAAACAUCUGCAUUGUUAUGU